GUCAUUGAAGCUGUAGGACCUCGCCGCUUUCAUGGAAUCACGUCAGAUAACACGGGUAAUACAACCGUAGCGCGUGAUCUUAACAAAAAGGACUAUGCUUGGAUCAUUAUCUUGCCUGACUCUUGUCACCGAAUGAGUUUACUGUGUAAGGACAUAUCAAAAAUCACCUACUUUGAGCUGGUUAUCGCGAACAUCAAGACGUCAAUCAGAUACUUCAAGAAGUCUUCUUUUGCGAACGCACAUCUUCGUACCUGCAGAAAACAGCUCUGUAUUGGGUGUGGUCUGGUUUCUGUGGGAAAGACCCGAUUCGCUACCCUGUAUCACUCUGGUGAAUCACUCCUACAUUGUCUUCCAGCAAUCUCAUCAUUAUGUAAAGAGAACAUCAUCUCUGCCCAAUUCAAGUUCAGGCUCGAAGAGUUUGCAACAAUCUUGAAGCCGCUUGCAAAGUCGAUUACUUGUCUGGAGUCCACUCAUUCAACCAUAUCUGAUGUCUACAUAUUCUGGCUCGCAUCUAUGGCAGAGUUGCAUGCAUUCAUAACUGAGCCUACAAAUAGCCUUGACAAUGCCGUGAAAGAAGAGAUACGCUGUAACGCAAACCACAGGUUCAAGCAGAUGAUUGAUCAUGCACCUGAUGACGUCUACCUGACUGGCUUUGUGCUUGAUCCACGUGCGUUCUCAUUUAAAGAUGCUCAGUCCAAAUGA